UGAGCCAACAGACAUUAUGGGGAGUGGCCCAGAUGUUCCGCACGCGAGCGCGGUCAUUUGCUUUUGUCUGUAUCCUAGUCCUGAUGGUGUAUUCAGGUUUCCAAGUCAUCUACAUGCCAGUGGAGAUGAAUAUAUGCCCAGAUCCCAUCAGAGGCAAAGACUUCUAUGGUCAGUCGGAGGAAAAUAUAACUAUAGUGACAAUGUACCUGAAUCUAGGUACACAUAGCAAAACCUCAUUCUUCCUGUUUUCCAAGGAAAAAUAUGCUACAGAUCAAUAUAAAUUAUGGCUGUUGUCAUGGGGAAAACUGCAGAACAAGGUGGUAGCUUUCUUUGACGAUGAUGAAUUUAUUAAACGGUUUAGGGACAUAAGGUCACAUUUACCAGAGUCCUACACAAUCAUCACCAAGAUUGACAAGAGCCAGUUAUCAGCAUUUCAUCAGAAAGGCAGGAUAGAAAACAUCAUUGCCAAUCCAUCUUUCACAAUUUCAUAUCCAGCUGAGUACACUUGUACAAUGAAUGCCAAGUAUGAUGUCUUAGACAUGGCACUCAAGCAGGGAUUAAUAAAGUCAAAAUUUAUGGCAUGGAUGGAUAUAGGACUAUGGAGAAAAAUACAAGAAGAAGAUCCUUCUUAUACACUAAAGCUUCCUCCAGAUUUCAACUCCUCGAAGAUUGGCUUUUCAGAAGUGACACCUCGGCACUUGUUGUCUAAUCUGAGUCCUGUUGAGGUUUACAAACAGAAUGUUGUGUGGGUGGCUGGGGGAUUUGUUCUUGGAAGCAAGGAGGUGGUAGCAGAGUUUAUCAUAUCAUAUCAGAAGACUUCACUUAUACUCCUAGAUCAAGGUUUGGCUGACACAGAUCAACAAGUCAUUACCUCUAUGUACUCUCCAGGCAUGGCAGCGAAGCAGAAAGUGGAGAUAAUGACAUAUGCCUGUCCCAGGGGCUCAUUUGGCCUGUUUGGCUAUUCAUAUUUGUAUUUUUGUCUACCUUAUAUAUGCCGAGCUAGUGCUGAAUGUAAAAGCAGGCAGCUAGUCAGUUUUGUAGGUAGUGACUUGACGUUCGAACAAUUUGAGAAAACGCAUUUCACUAAAACGUGA